GUGGGACGAAAGCAUAUAAAGAGCCCGUCGGAACGGUGGAAUUGAGCUCGUCACCCAAAACAUUACGACCAGAGCACAACCACACACAAACAACGUUUCCCCACCUACCCUUUGAUCCAUCUUAUAGCUCGCGAGCAUGACGAUCCCCACGGUCUCCUGCCACUCCAGCGCCGGCCCCUGGACCCCGGAAACCCGGUACGUCUGGGAGAACGGAAUCCAGUACUGCUACGAGCGGUCAAUGGGUCCCAACCGGCCCCUCGUCAAGUGGCGAAUCCACCAAACGCCGCCUCCCGGAACCCAAUCGCCGGUCGAGGCCAACAGCGAUGACGAGGCCGCCGGCACGGAGGGGCCGGAGAAGAAUCUCGAGGAGGCCGCAGCAGCGAAGUUAUAGGCGGACGGCGGCGACGGCAGCCGCAACUUCCCCAGGACCGAAUUCGCUGCCAUUCGGUCAGGGUUAUCCAGUGUACUCUAUUGACCUCACUGUCAGGUCAAUAGGGCUGGUGUUCGGUGUGUUUCUGUGUUUUUGUUUCUACCUAUUUCGUCACUUUCACCAGGAUUCCUUCGGAACGACAAAAAUACCGAUUUAUUGGCCCCCUCCAGCUGUUCCCGGGAUGGAGGGGUGGAGUGCGCUUAGUUAUUCAGGGACAAUCAAAUUUGGUGGUUCCAACUUCUGUCUCCUCGCGGUGAUAAAAGUGACACACAUCUGCGCUCGACGACAACAACCAACCACCUCCUUUCAUCCCGCGGGCCGUAGGGCGUAUCUAAGCUGUGAUCUCGUGUGUAUAUACAUGCCGGGUGGUGGAGUUAAGCCUUUCGGGUUGCUUUACGAUCGGGGAUCCCGGGAACAGCCUACAGGGGAUGGGCGGGACGGGAACCGCUGGUAUGUACAGGAACCAGGACAGCCGGGAAGGAAAGCACCGCGGGAGGGAAAGCACCGCGGGAGGGCGAGAUCAUAUGAUGUACAUAGAGCAGUGUGGUCAGGCGAUCUGCGGUAAAGGGCUGGCGAUUCCGUG